AUGAAGUCCCGUCGACCCAGCUGCAGUGACUCUGGAUCUGAGUCCUCAGAGCUGGACUCCAAGAGUCCAGAGAAAUAUGAGACUGCCACACGGCGAAGGAUGGCUGCAAAUGCCAGAGAGAGGAAGAGGAUGCAGGGUUUGAACACAGCCUUCGAUCGCUUACGCAAAGUUGUUCCCCAAUGGGGCCAGGACAAAAAACUGUCCAAGUAUGAAACCCUGCAGAUGGCCCUCAGCUACAUCAUGGCCCUCAACCGGAUCCUGACAGACCCCAGGAGGCACAACGCUCCUCACAGGCAGUGGCUGGACCUGCAGUUUGACUGUGUGCAGCCUGAUAACUACCCCAGCCUCAUGAGGUACGACUCUCCUACUGAACAGGAGUACAUCCACUCGUCGUUCUCAUACCAGUUCGAUGGCCAUCAGGUCCAUGCAUGA